UUUAACAAGUGAGUAGCGGGUCGCCAGCCCAACCGUCGCACCGCGUCUCACUUCAUAUACAUAUAUUAUAGUCUCGACCCGCCUUCUUCUUACUCUUGACCGUAUCGAACACGAGAAACGGAAGGAGGGAAAUUUGAUUGCCGAUUUCUUUUCUCUUGAUUCGCGUGAAGAAAAAAAAAAAAAACAAAAAACAGAAAAAAGAAGAAAAGAUAAGUGAGAAAGUAGCAGCCCGAGGAUUGUUACGACUCUGUUUUAUCUUUUGUCUUUCGGUGAUCGCUAGCGCGCAUUCGAAUCGUCGGAUUUUGAUAAAUCUAGUUUGGCCUUUUUCGGGCCACGUUCAGACAAACUCUUCCAGCUACUUAGUAUCGAGUCAACGAUAUCGUACAGAGGUGACCGCGAACACAUUUCGAAACAUGUUCUUCAACGAGUCCGUCCUCAUCACGCCCGCAGCCUUUGUCGGCGGUGUUGGGCAAGUUCAACAAAUGCAGGAGCGACUGUUGGGGUGGAACGUGCCGCCCGAGCAUGCCGAACUCGUUCAUCCCCAUUGGAGAGGUUUUUUGGCGCCGGGAAAAUUUUGGCACAUCGGUUUAGCCCUGAUCUAUUUUAUGUUGAUGGUGAUGUCGUUGGUCGGUAACGGCUGCGUCGUUUGGAUCUUUACAACUUCCAAGUGCCUGAGGACGGCGUCCAACAUGUUCGUCGUGAAUCUGGCGCUAUUCGACCUCGUCAUGAUGCUGGAAAUGCCGAUGCUGAUAACGAACAGUUUUCUCGAGCGCAUGAUCGGAUGGCAAUUAGGUUGCGAUAUCUACGCUACCCUCGGCAGCAUCGCCGGAAUCGGUUCGGCCAUCAACAACGCCGCGAUCGCCUUCGACAGAUACAGAACUAUUUCCUGCCCAAUAGACGGAAGACUGAAUGGAAAACAGGCCGCGGUAAUCGUGGCUCUGACGUGGUUCUGGUCGCUGCCGUUUUCGCUGUUGCCUAUCGGAAAUAUCUGGGGACGUUACGUACCAGAGGGAUUUCUCACGACGUGCAGUUUCGAUUUUCUCAGCGAAGACCAGGACACCAAAGUAUUCGUGGGAGCGAUUUUCAUCUGGUCAUACGCGAUACCCAUUACCCUGAUCGUUUACUUCUACUCCCAGCUUAUCGGUAGCGUUCGCAGACACGAGAAGAUGCUUCGCGAUCAGGCCAAGAAAAUGAACGUCAAGUCCCUGGUGUCUAACCAAGACAAGGACAGGAGCACCGAGAUGAGAAUCGCGAAGGUCGCGUUCACGAUAUUCUUUUUGUUCCUGUGCUCGUGGACGCCUUACGCGAUCGUUGCGAUGAUCGGCGCUUUUGGAAAUCGCGAGUCUCUCACUCCGUUCUCAACCAUGUUACCGGCGCUGUGCGCCAAGAGUGUAUCCUGCAUCGAUCCUUGGAUCUACGCGAUCAAUCAUCCGAGGUACAGGCAGGAACUUCAGAAGCGGUGUCAGUGGAUGGGAAUUCAUGAACCGGAGCCAACGACGCAUGACUCAGCGUCGGCUACCACCGAAAAAAUGAAGACGGACGAGGCUUGAAUUACGUCGGUAGCUGUGUGGUACGAUGACGAGAAAAAUUAGGUGAAAAAAAAAAAAAAAGAAGAAGAAGAAGAAGAACAAAACUGCUGCCAUCGACGAUACGGGUGACUUGUAUUUUCACCAGAAAUACAAGCUGGUCGUAUUCGUCAGGAAUCGAUUAAUCUCUUAUCGGCCAUGUCGCGAACUUUUGUUCAAAGCGAAGAAAAAAACAGAAAAAAACAAAAAAAAACAACGACCACUACCGUCGAAAUUGGACAACGAUUAUUCGGACACGUGACUAUCUUCCACUGUUAAAUUAUUAUUGUUAUAUGUUCACCAUUUAUCCUAAACGCAAAGUUGUAUAAAUUCAAUAAAGGCAAUUUCAAAGGCA